CCCUUUGAAUAGUACAACUACAAAGUGCUACGGUAGAUGAUGUGUUUAUGAUAAGAGUCAGAAAGAAUGUGGUUUUUGAGCAGAAAAGGAACAUCUGGGUUCUCAGCUUCUUCCACAGCUGAAGAUGUUACACAAGGGAUUGAUGGCUCUGGUCUCACUGCCAUUGUCACAGGAGCAUCAAGUGGGAUUGGAGCAGAAACAGCACGGGUGCUUGCAUUACGGGGUGUUCAUGUAGUUAUGGGAGUGAGGAAUCUGGAAGCUGGCAGGGCGGUCAAAGAAGCAAUUGUUAAGGGAAACCCUAAUGCAAAACUUGAUGCCAUGGAUUUGGAUUUAAGUUCCAUGGCAUCAGUAAAGAAAUUUGCAGAAGACUUCAAGUCCUUGAAUCUUCCCUUAAACCUUCUCAUUAACAAUGCAGGAAUCAUGGCAACACCAUUCAUGCUUUCCAAGGACAACAUAGAACUUCAAUUCGCAACAAACCAUGUCGGUCAUUUUCUGUUGACGAAUUUACUGAUGGAAACCAUUAGAAAGACAGCUCGUGCAAGCAGGAAAGAAGGAAGGAUUGUGAAUGUCUCAUCACGCCGGCACAAAUUCUCAUACCCAGAAGGGAUUCGUUUUGCUAAACUCAAUGAUCCAUCCGGGUAUAACAGUUUAUCUGCAUAUGGUCAGUCGAAGCUUGCAAAUAUUUUGCAUGCUAAUGAGCUUGCAAGACAACUAAAGGAAGACAGGGUGGAGGUAACUGCAAAUUCAGUUCAUCCAGGAUUGAUAGCCACCAAUCUUUUUCGGCAUUACAGUUUUCUCACAGGUCUUGUUGGUCUUGUUGGUAAGUACGUCAUCAAAAAUGUUCAGCAGAUUACACAGGCUUUUGAAGUCAUGUAUGCUCUGUUUUUAAAUCAAUCUGGGUGUAGGGGGCAGCAACUACAUGCUAUGUAGCAUUGCAUCCAAAAGUUAAAGCCAUGAGCGGGCAGUAUUUUGCUGACAGCAGCAUAGCCAAGGCGAGUUUACAAGCAAAUGAUGCUGAGUUGGCUACGAAACUCUGGGAUUUCAGCUUAGAUUUGGUCCGAAGAGGCUCAACUCCAUAAACAUCAUAAAACUGAUUCCAAUAAGGAGAUUCUGCCUGCAAAGAUUAUGCUGCAAGUUCUCAAUAAGAAGCCAUCUGCUUGAAACUCUUUACGUCUCAUUGCAAGUAAAGUCAUUUCAAUCUGCACGCAUGAAACCACACAUCCCAUGAAUAUGGAAUCAAUAAUUUGGAGUUGGUCCAGUUCUUUUCUAGCCAGAUUUACCUUAACUAGAAUUAAGGAGCUUCUCAGCAAUGUUCAAAUUGAGCAUUCAAUUUCUAAAGCUUGAAUCCCAACGUUUUCAUUUCACAGUGAGUUCUCAGACGAUUCACUUUCUUGGGAAAAUAUAAAAUAUGAUCCUACUCGUAUUAUUUUAAUCUAUUGUAAUUUUUACUUA